GUGACGUCACGCAGGUAAGCAGACACGGCGCGCUUUGAGCGCUCAGUAAGGUGUGUCCUUCCGCCUUGUAGGUCGACCAAAAACAUUUGAGGGAGAGGAACAGCAGAGCUCAUACGGCGCUGCACGAGACGGACUUGCUUCCACUUCACCAAGAAGUUUGAAAAACACGUAUUAUGGCUGUCUACGCAAGCUAUUGGACCUUGUUACUUUUCGCGUGUAUGUUUUCUGCUUUGGCACUGCCAGGUGACGUUUCAAGUAACGUUUCAGGCAACUUUACAGGCAAAGGACGAAGUUUAAUAAUCUUACUGGAUGAAGAGACAGGCAAAUUGUUUAUUGAUCAGAUCACCACAGAUACUCUAAAGAGCGGGCUCACGAAUGUCUUCCUGCCAAUUAUUUACAUAAUUGUACUUGUGGUCGGGUUGCCAACCAACGCCAUGGCUGUAUGGGUCUUACUGUUCAGGUCGAAGAAAAUUCACCCUGCUGCCAUUUACAUGGGCAACCUAGCACUGGCUGACCUUAUGUUUGUCAUUUGGAUGCCUCUCAAGAUCGCUUACCAUUUGAAAGGAAAUAACUGGACUUUUGGGGAAGGGAUGUGUAAAGUUUUUAUAGGUUUCUUCUACGGCAACAUGUACUGCUCCAUCCUCUUCAUCACUUGUCUGAGCAUCCAGCGGUACUGGGUCUGCGCUCACCCGCUCUCCCAACAAAGGAAAAACACCAAGUUUGCAAUCAUCGUAUCUCUGUGUAUCUGGAUCUUCAUUUCUGUCAGUACCACGCCUUUGUACUUGUACCAGCAAACGGUUGAAAUCACUGACCUCAACAUCACCACCUGCCACGACGUCAGUGUCGUCAGCACGAAGAACUUCGAGUCGGGCGAUAUAUUGCUAGAUGUUCAACUGCCUUAUUAUUAUUUCAUGGUGAUGGCAGGUCUAGUGUUCUUCAUCCCAAUGUUGAUCAUCAUCGCAGCUUACAUCCUUCUCCUUCGUGCACUUGGGAGCUCCACAGUCGAGGGCAGCGCUGGAAAAACCCGCCAACGAGCUGUGGUUCUCAUCGUCACGGUGCUCGUAACGUUCUUGGUCUGCUUCAUCCCAAGUAACGUGAUGUUGGUCGUGCACUAUACUCUCCUCCGAAAUGGCUGGGCUAACAACGGCUACGGUUUCUACAUCCUCACGCUGUGCCUGACUAGUCUCAACAGCUGCUUGGAUCCUUUCAUCUAUUAUUACGUCUCGGAUGAUUUCAGGGAGCAAGUCAAAAACACGCUACUGUGCCGCAGCAGUCGUACGGUGGAGAGGAUGAGGGUGUCGUUCAGCUCGAUGAAGUACUCUAAAAGGACCAAGACAUAUACUUCGAGCACGGGCAACACAGAGAGCAGCAACUGCUGAGAGUAGAUGGACCAUGAUGGACACAAGUUAAUGUAUUUAUCUGUGGCGCUGUGGAAUAUACAAAUCUUGCUAUUAUUUAUGCUCUGUGCUCUCCAUGGAUGAGAGCGGAUUGAAGUGUUUAUGAAGAUAUGAAAGACCUUCGUAAAUCCAAAGCUGAGGGAGCCGUGAAGAGUUGAACAGAACAGUCUGUUUCUGUAGCUCAGGAUUGUAAAGCCAAAGCUGUCUCAUAAAACUUGAGAAACUUUCCAGCCACAUUGUUCUGUUGUUACAUUUGAUAUUGUUCAGAUAGGCCUUUUGAAAUUAUAUUUAAUGUGAAUUUAUCAGCCUGUGAUGGAUAAAAUACUUAAUUUUUUAGCCAGAAUUUGUUCUGUUUUUAAUAUUUUCUUAUUUUUUUCUUUUAUACCAAAUCUGAUUAGCAAGGCCAGAUUUUCCGCCAGUUAGUCAUAGUGACAUUGUUUUAUACCUCACUGUGUUACAUAGCCACAAUUAGGUCACUAUACUUGCCUGUGCUGCACGUGUUUGUACAUUUUCAGAUUCAUUUUCUAAAUUCAGCUGUAUCACUGGAAAGAAAACUUCUUUCAAAAAUGGCGUUCAGUGUGCAUCUAAAUUUUCAUUCACACACUGUUUAACAUGUCACAGUCUCUUGGUUUAUCAGAUGUCUUUGUACUUCAUAAAUGCAUGCAGCUGUUAACACACAUAUAGUCAGCUUAACUUCUGAAGGCAUGACGCCUUUUGAAUAAAUGUUUUGUUUGCUAUGAAAAUUCGUUUUUUCUGCUGAAUUUCCUAUAAAUAAUUGAGUCAGAGGUGAGUCAUUAUGUUGUUUUCAGAAACUUUGACAAACUACGUCAUCAUCACCAACUAUGAAACUUAACCUUGUGACCACUUCACGAUGGUAUCUUUGUGGCUACAAAAUGUUAAAUUCCUUUGGUAAAUACUUGUAGUAACUGUUUUGUGGGAACAAAAUGUGCCUCAUUUGUGAAACACGAGCAGAGUGAAUUUGCUUAUAAAUAAAUUUUAAAAACCUGCUAAAUAAAUGUGAAACUGUUUACACAGUGAUUUACACAAGUUCAUUCUGCUUAUGUUUCAAUGAAUAGUGCACCUGUAAUCGUCUAACCUGUUUUGUUUACUAGUAUGAGCAUGUUUCAUAUCGCAAUAUCUCGCACUUGUGACUUGUCUGAUUUGUAUCAGUGAAACUGCUGUUCUAGUGAAUUCACACUGGGCUCCAUUGAUCGGUUAUAGUGCGGCUUUGCUCACUCCCUAGUUUAGCAAAUAUUUAGCAUACUAUUCACAAUAUCCUCUGUGUCUAUAGAAACCUUGAGCCUGUUUAACUAGCUUUAGACCUUUGAUUCUUUGAGUUUCUUCAUGUUUGAAGGGCAGGAAGUGAGGUGUUUUUGAACUUAAAAAAUAUUGCGUUUAGAAAAACAGCCAAAUGCCAGCUACCAAUAUUAAAACAGUAAGAGUAACUACUUUAUUUAAGUUGGCUUUUACUUAUAAAAACUAGAAUAUAUAAAAUAUUAUUUUUAAAGAUGCUCCCUAGGCUGUGAUAAAAAAAAAAAAAAACAAUAAAAACAGUGAAUUGUGAAAUUUAAAA